CGAAAGAGUCAGCAACAAUGUCCGCCCAAGCUCAAAUGCGAGCUUUGCUCGACCAGCUGAUGGGAACGGCGAGGGAUGGUUCAGUGUAUCUUUGCCAGCCUACAUCAAUCUGCAAAGGAGUUGCAGAAAAGCCUCAUGUUCAUCGAGCCGUGAGUCACACAUAAUUUUUAAAGCUGUUAUGAUCAAUAUCCAAACAGUAUAUGUUUGCCUAUCGGAAGUCAUUGUAGCCUGUUUUUUUUUAAGGUAUGAAAUUUGGUGUAGUGCUAAGCUGCUAUCUGGUCACGCUGAAUGAACACUUAAAAAAAACACUUCUCAGCAGAAACCAGUUGACAUCUUUUUUAUUUAUUUUUUUACUCAGACGAGACAAACACUUUACACACGUCAUUUUCGCUCUGACUCUUGUAUGACUCCCAACUUCUUACCACAGGUUUGGCAAGAAAACUGUUCCCUUUUUUACUUUCCCACAGCCGGUUUAAAAUUCUGCAGCUGAAGGCUUGAAGAUGCAGAAGGGUACAGUAUGUGGUGCAGAUCGCAGUGUGUAUAAACCUACUUUCUGUCAAUGUUUCAUGUCUGUGGAUGGCUCGGCCGGGAAUACGUGAUUUGCAUUUGUAACCUAUGUGUUGACGUGCCACGUAAAACAUACCGAAUGAUGCCCAUGAGGACACAGAGCCUUAAAACAAGCUCAACUGAGACUUGAGGUUCUGCUCUUGUGAUGUAAUCUUUGAGGCCUGGGUAAGUCACAAUGAGGCCACACAUUGCCUCGUGUAACUUCACACUUACGCCAACAGAGGCAAAGUUUCUUCAUGAAUUACUCAUUUGACACGCUAAUGACCAAGACGACGUUCUUGUGGUAGUUUUGGGCUCAGACCGAGCAAAGGCAGCUAUUGUGACGCGGGUGCUAUACAUUGUAAACGAGGAAGUCAGAUAAGCUGAAGCUUGGCCCUUAUUAGUACAUGAGGUUUUUCUCACAGGAUGCCUUCUGGACUCUUUCAGGGGACGAGACGCGGCAGAGGGUCAAGUACUCGGACGAGCGAGUCUGCAAAAGUCACCUCCUCGACUGCUGUCCGCAUGACAUCCUGUCUGGAACCCGCAUGGACCUGGGAGAGUGCACCAAGAUCCACGACCUGGCGCUUCGAGCAGACUAUGAAAUUGCCUCCAAGGAGCGAGAGCUCUUUUUUGAGCUGGAUGCCGUCGAUCACUUGGAGUCCUUCAUCGCCGACUGCGACCGCAGAACGGAACUGGCCAAGAAACGUCUGGCCGAGACUCAAGAGGAGAUCAGUGCUGAAGUGGCGGCCAAGGCGGAGAAGGUCCACGAGUUGAACGAGGAAAUUGGAAAGCUCCUGGCAAAGGCCGAGCAACUCGGAGCGGAGGGAAACGUGGAGGAAUCCCAGAAGGUGCUACAGGAAGUGGAGAAGGUCCGCAGUAGGAAGAAGGAUGCAGAGGAGGAAUACAGAAACUCCAUGCCGGCCUCCAGUUUCCAACAGCAAAAGCUUCGCGUUUGCGAGGUGUGCUCGGCGUAUCUGGGCCUCCACGACAAUGACCGCCGUCUGGCCGACCACUUUGGCGGCAAGCUCCACCUGGGCUUCAUCCAGAUCAGAGAGAAGCUGGACCAGCUCAAGAAAACCGUUGUGGACAAGCAGGAAAAGCGAAACCAGGAUCGGCUCAAGAGACGGGAAGAAAGGGAGAAGGAGGAAAAGAUGAAAAAGCGGACGAGAUCCCGCAGCAGGGAACAUAAAAGGUCUGGUUCUCGCGACCGGAGGAGGCGCCGCUCGCGCUCCUCGUCCCGAGACAAGCGCCGCUCGCGCUCUCGCUCCAGGGACAGGAAGAGGCGACAGAGGUCCCGCUCCCGAAGCCGAGGCCAACGUCACAGCCACGAGCACGGCUCCAGACACAAGUCAUCCAGAGACCGCGAGCACUCGUCCAGAGACAAGUCGCAAGGCCGCGAGCGGCGGGACGGCGUCAACGGCCGGUCGGACUCUCGCAGAGCAGAUGACAGAGAAGACCCGUGAAGGCCAACGUCCAUCUCACAUAACACCCACCACCUUGUUGUCCGUUUGUGUUCUUAUAGUCCCCUAGACUCGUUUUUCUUUACUUUGACUCACAAAAAAAAAAAUCUCCAUUCAAUAUUAAAUCUCUCAUAUGUCAAGCCACCUUUUGUUACACCUCCGUAAUUUGGUGGCCUUCCUAUAUCCAAUGAACAGUGACGUCAGAGACCUCAUACAUUUGUCAAUAUUAUUUUAAUUUGUUUCUUUUACGAUACAGGAUCUGACUAUGGAAUGUGUGCUUUAGUUUACUGUUCUUUUGUUCAAAUUUUUAGAAACACCCUUAAGUCCCUUCACACCUCACCCAUGUUUUCUCCUCCAGUGUAGUCUAAUUUCUUUUCAAGGGGGGCAGUACGUACUGAGUAAAUUAAAAAGUGGUUGAGCGGGGGUU